AUGGGCUCAUACGAGAAGACGGUACCAACAAAUGGGAUAGAGGAACACCGCCACAGCCAAUACAGAGAUAGCAGUCAGAAUAUGGCUAUCUGCAGCUUUCAGAAAAAUUUAGAUGAGAAGAUGACGCCAGUUGAUUUGACGUCCAGGGUGCAUUACUCAAGCCAUGAGUAUGUUCCACAGUGGACAGAGGCAUUGCUGCAGGAGGAGGAGGAACAGCAGCAUACCGAGCAUAUUGAGGAGGGCCCCAGGGAAUUGGAGCCCCAUUAUAGACUCCAGAAGGCGGGCCUCCUAUGGGCCCACCAGAAUAGUACUGCUGGGAUGGGUAGGCACCAACAGGCUGACUCGGGGCAGGGUAUGUCGGGACAGUGGGAGCAGGUGGACCUGCUGCAGGGAAGAGCAGGAGCAGCUGCAGAGCUUGAUUUGGUCAGAGACUCUGGAAGCGUACCACCUAGUUCGGCCAAAAAAUUCUGGUACUCGUCGUCCAUUUUCUUGCCUGUGGUAUUCUUCACCGGGCAGUCUAUAGUAGGAUGUCCUCCGUCGCCACAAAUCUUACACAGUACGUCACUCUUGAACGUUGUCAGGCGGGAAGGGCACGAGAGCUGGCGAUGCCCAGGCUCACCGCACAACCUGCAAUACUCUUCGUCUCUAAUAGUACCAUUUAGUGCUGCAAGCUCCCUAAGCUGUUGCCUUUUGUGCUCAUUGAGAACCUCGUCAACAGGCUGCAGGAGCUUCUCGAGCAUACCCACAGCAGCAUCGAGUUCAGGCGAGGGCGACCUAGCCCCCUCUGGCCUAUCGUCCAAAGCUGUGCCAGAUUGCAACUUUCGGGUGAUCUCAAGCAACCUACUGUUGAGAGCUUGGAUCUCUGGAUCAAACUCGAUACCUCCAGUGAGUUCCUUCAUGAAUUCAGGCAGCUGGACCACGGGCUUAGGCUCGUCAUCCGCCCAUCUCGACUUCCUCUUCCUACUUCCGUUUCCGGAAUUAUCAUCACCAGUGCCGGAGGCGCUCUCGCUCGGUAGAGGAUCCCACCGGGACCGCCGUUUCCUCCGGCUGCUGGUUUCCUCUUCACCGCCAGAGAAAUCCUUGUCGGUUCCGCUGUGCGUGUUGGUUAGACAGUUCUCCGACAGCAACGGCUUAGGGAAAUCGGGCUUUGGGGCAGGGGUGGAAGUGUCGUCGGCGGCGGUAGCGGAGGAUACGUUUUCCGAUGAAUCUAGGGGUUUCGGAGUCAGGGUGAGGGCGGUUAUCGUGAUUAGGGAAGUGGUCGCUGGAAUUCGAGAGUUGAGAUUGGGGUUCAGAUGGCGAAUCCAUGCAGUUGGAUUGAAGGGCGUCGUGAGAGAGAUUUGA